CUCUCUGCUCAUGCUAUGGCUGGAGGAAUACAAGACUCGAAGGGAUUGGAACCAUCUCUAUCCAUCCUCCAUGUGACCAAUGUCCCAAGAAGACCCAAAAGUGAUGUCAACUAUAAAGAUCCAGGCCUGGUGGCGGGGCACCCUGGUACGUCGGGCAUUGCUGCACGCGGCCCUCAGGGCCUGGGUCAUUCAGUGCUGGUGGCGGACGAUUCUGGCAAAGCUUUUGGAGAAGAGACGGAAUGAGAUGCUGAAAACAUUUUUAAAAGAGGAGCAGGCAGCGGUCAGACUGCAGUCCUGGGUCCGCAUGUGGCGUGCUCGCCAGCACUACUGCCAAGUACUCAGUGCUGUCCGUGUCAUCCAGACCUUCUGGAGGGGCCACACCUGUACUUCCCGGGGUCUCAUCAAGGGCCACUACCGAGUCACUACCAGGGAGCUGCAUCUCGAGCUGGAGAUCUUGCUGGGCUCAGGGCCUUGCAUUAUGACGGAGUGUAUUCCCCUCCCAAUAAAGCAGUGA